UCUAGAGGUUUACAUAGAUGCUUGGAAAGUACAUUUGUUUUACUUUGUUUCUACCCCGCGUGUCUGUAUCGACUUUCAAUUCCAGACCAUUAAGAUUUCUGCUCACAAGUGACUGACUGGUGACAGUGACAAAAGAAGAGGUAUAUUAAGAGCAUCCAGAAAUGAAUUGUUUUCAUUUAGAUGACUUCCUUGCAGGGUGGAUUGGAGGAGCUUCCAGUGUUAUUGUGGGUCAUCCUCUGGACACAGUCAAGACUCGUUUACAAGCUGGGAAAGGAUACAAGAACACCCUUCACUGUGUCCUCCAAAUCUACAGAAAGGAAACGAUUGCUGGCUUCUUCAAGGGUCUCUCCUUCCCACUGGCCAGCAUCACUGUGUAUAACUCAGUGGUGUUUGGAUUCUUCAACAACACACAGAGGGUUAUAAGCAAGUUCCGCCAUGGUGACGAGAGACAGUCGUGUGGUAUGCUGGACAUGACCCUGGCCAGCAUGUUGACAGGGCUGAUGUCAGUGGGACUCGGAGCUCCGGUCGACUUAGUUAAGAUCAGACUGCAGAUGCAGACUCUGCCCUGUCUAGCAGAGAACCUGUCCCUCGCCGGGACGACCGGAAACGUGAACGGUAACAUCGCCGUGCGCUCCGUGACUCUCCAGGGCCAGCCGACCUACAGAGGGCCCAUCCACUGCAUCAGCUCCAUACUGCGGACUGAGGGGGUCCGGGGGCUUUACAGAGGAGCCGGGGCCAUGGUCCUGAGAGACGUCCCUGGGUACACGCUGUACUUCAUCCCCUACGCGUUGUUCCGUCGCUGGCUAUCCCCUGAAGGGAGGUCAUCACCUCAUCCCUGUACUGUAUGGGUGUCUGGAGGACUGGCAGGUUCUACUCCAGCUGACGUGGUUCUGUCUACAGGUUCUAUCUCGUGGGUCACGGCUACUCCAGCUGACGUGGUUCUGUCUACAGGUUCUACUCCAGCUGACGUGUUUCUGUCCACAGGUUCUACUCCAGCUGACGUGUUUCUGUCUACAGGUUCUACUCCAGCUGACGUGGUUCUGUCUACAGGUUCUACUCCAGCUGACGUGUUUCUGUCCACAGGUUCUACUCCAGCUGACGUGUUUCUGUCUACAGGUUCUACUCCAGCUGACGUGGUUCUGUCUACAGGUUCUACUCCAGCUGACGUGGUUCUGUCUACAGGUUCUACUCCAGCUGACGUGGUUCUGUCUACAGGUUCUAUCUCGUGGGUCACGGCUACUCCAGCUGACGUGGUGAAGAGCAGACUACAGGCUGACGCUCUACACGCUAGGAAAUACAGAGGGAUUGUCCACUGCGUCGUUCAGAGCUACAAGACCGAGGGGAUACAUGUCUUCUUCCGCGGAGCCUCCGUGAACGCUAUCCGAGGCUUUCCAAUGAGCGCCACCAUGUUUCUGGGCUACGAACUCUCUCUGCAGUUCUUCAGGGGUCUCUAGUAUCUACACAAGGAUUAUAAUGAGACAUUAUUAUCUUGACAGUUAUCCUCUUGUCCUAGGACACUCCAAAUGGUUUCCUCAGGAAGAUCAUUUGAAUCCUUGCAGAAUGAAAGUAGGGAGUGUCUUGACUUGAGAAUUGUUCUAGUUGAGAAUUAUCUGCGCUACUGCCAUAAUACAAUCUAUUUAUAAAGUGUAAAUACUAAUUUCUUAUAUUAAGAAAAUAUCUUAAAUUAAAGUGGCUUACAUUAAUUGACAAAUGUAUACAUUUAAAUAUGUUGUGCUAUAAUAUACAGUAACAGUAUGCUUAAUAUAUAGCUGUACUGCAUAAAUUAACUAGUUUUAGGACCCAACAGUUAACCAGUUCUAACCUCCAUAAUGAUACGCACAUGAAUCAUUAUAUUUUGUUGGUGCCAGGCUUUUAAUUAAAUUGUUUAAACUUUGUGAUUUGUAAAUAAGUAUGAGAGAAAUUAAAUGUCAUUCCACAAGGAGGCAUAGUUUUGUACAUUAAUUUUUUCUUAAAAGUUAUUUUAAAUGUGGGGUUUUUGGGGGGGGGGAAUUCUUGUUACGGACUGUUUCUGUACACGUUUACUUGGAAAAUCUAAUAAACACAUUGUUUCAAUUGAAA